GCGGCGGAGGCAGCGGCAGCGGCGGCGGCGGCUGUGGCGGCAGCGGCGGCUGCUCGGCCAGUACUCCCGGCCCCCGCCAUUUCCGACUGGGAGCGAGCGCGGCGCAGGCACUGAAGGCGGCGGCGGGGGCCAGAGGCUCGGCGGCUCCCAGGUGCGGGAGAGAGGCCUGCUGAAAAUGACUGAAUACAAACUUGUGGUAGUUGGAGCUGGUGGCGUAGGCAAGAGUGCCUUGACGAUACAGCUAAUUCAGAAUCACUUUGUGGAUGAAUAUGAUCCUACGAUAGAGGAUUCCUACAGGAAACAAGUAGUAAUUGAUGGAGAAACCUGUCUCUUGGAUAUUCUCGACACAGCAGGUCAAGAGGAGUACAGUGCAAUGAGGGACCAGUACAUGAGGACUGGGGAGGGCUUUCUUUGUGUAUUUGCCAUAAAUAAUACUAAAUCAUUUGAAGAUAUUCACCAUUAUAGAGAACAAAUUAAAAGAGUUAAAGACUCUGAAGAUGUACCUAUGGUCCUAGUAGGAAAUAAAUGUGAUUUGCCUUCUAGAACAGUAGACACAAAACAGGCUCAGGACUUAGCAAGAAGUUACGGAAUUCCUUUUAUUGAAACAUCAGCAAAGACAAGACAGGGUGUUGACGAUGCCUUCUAUACAUUAGUUCGAGAAAUUCGAAAACAUAAAGAAAAGAUGAGCAAAGAUGGUAAAAAGAAGAAAAAGAAGUCAAAGACAAAGUGUAUAAUUAUGUAAAUACAAUUUGUACUUUUUUCUUAAGGCAUACUUAAGUAUAAAAGUGGUAAUUUUUGUACAUUACACUAAAUUAUUAGCGUUUGUUUUAGCAUUACGUAAUUUUUUUCCUGCUCCAUGCAAACUGUUAGCUUUUAUCUUAAAUGCUUACUUUAAAAUGACAGUGGAAACUUUUUUUCCUCUAAGUGCCAGUAUUCCUUGAGUUUGGUUUUUGAACUAGCAAUGCCUGUGAAAAAGAAACUGAAUACCUGAGAUUUCUGUCUUGGGGUUUUUGGUGCAUGCGGUUGAUUACUUUCUACUUUUCUUACCAAUUGUGAAUGUUGAUGUGAAAUGAAUUAAUGAAGCUUUCAAAUCAUCCCUAUUCUGUGUUUUAUCUUGUUACAUAUGUGGAUUAAUUACUAAGUAUAACUUCAGUUGAGACUUUAUGAUUGGUUCUACUGAAACAUUGAGGGAACACAAAUUUAUGGGCUUCCUGUCGAUUCAUCUUCUAGGCAUCAUGUCCUAUAGUUUGUCAUCCUUAAUGAAUGUAAAGUUACACUGUUCACAAAGGUUUUCUCCCCCUUUCCACUGCUAUUAGUCAUGGUCACUCUCCCCCCAAAACUAUAUUUUUUCUAUAAAAAAGAAAAAAAAUGGAAAAAAAAAUUCAAGGCAAUGGAAAACAUUAAAAGGCCAUUUCCUUUUCACAUUAGAUAAAUUACUAUAAAACUCGUAAUAGAUUUUCCUGUUAAGGCAGACCCAGGAUGAAAUGGGGAUUAUAGCAACCAUUUUGGGGCUAUAUUUACUUGCUACUAAAUUUUUAUAUUAAUUGAAAAAAUUUUAACAUGUAUAAAAAAUUCUCAUAGGAAUUAAAUAUAGUUUCCCUGUGUCAGAUUACUCUUAGUAUAACUUUAAUCUUUUUUCUUUUUUUGGCAGCCGGUGGGUACAGGGAUCAAACCCUGGACCUUGGUGUUAUCAGCACCAUACUGUAACCAAUUGAGCUAACCGGCCAGCCUUAAAUCUUUUCUUGAACUUUGGUCUUUGAAAAUAGUUUUAAUUCUAGUAGUAAUAUUGAAGAUUAUUUGGUCCAGUUAUAGGAUAGUAGGUAUUGAAGAGACCAAGUUUGCAAGGCCAGGCCCUUUGUGAACCUUUGAGCUUCAUUGAGAGUUUUGCAGUAUGGACUGCAUCCCUGUGGUCAUCCAGUGUUGCCAUGCCUUGAUUGGUCAAAAUGAGGGCUAGGAGAGAGUUUGUAUAGUUCAACAAAAUACAUUCUCACUAUAUGGUGGUCCCACUGACAAGUCAGGAGCAUUGCUUUUGUUUUAAAAAACAGAACUUUUUAAAAAAAUUACUUUUAAAUAUUAAAAGUUGAUAUUUUAGGGUGGGGUGGUGCCAAGACAUUAAUUUUUUUAAACGAUGAAGUGAAAGUUUCAAAAUCUCUAGGUUUGGCUAGUUCUUACUAGCUAAAGUAACAUUUCAUAAACACUUUCCUAAAUUCAUAUUAAAAAAUAGAUAAAUUAAUAUUAAUGAAAACAGUUCUUUUAAAGCAUUUAAAAUGUUACUUAAUUUAAAAUAUUUGAAGUGAAAUAGUGUGAAAAUCACUGGACGAGGAGGAAGGUGACUUAGAUUCUCGAUAUGUGUCUUUUAGAACUCUGAUUUUAGGCAAAUCACUGUGCAUUUCUUCAUGUUAAAAAAAGUCAUCUCAAAGGCUCUAACUUUAAACUAUGUUAUUUAUAUUCACUUUACAUAAGGAUACACCCAUUUGUCAAGCUCAGCACAUUCUGUAACUUUUUACCUGUUAUCUUUAGUAGAAGUCUUGGGCAAAAUUGUGCAAGAGGUAAAGUUUAUAUUUGAAUAUCCAUUCUCCAGUUUCAGGACUCCCCUCCCAUAUUUGUGUCAUCUUGCCAGUCUACCCUUCCACAUGCCCCAUCACUUGAUGCAAUUUUCUUUUAAUACAUCCAAUUCCUUUAACCUCAAGAUUUAUUUCUGCUAUGGAUAUCUCCAUGAAGGUGUCCCAUUAAGUCACAUCAAAUUGCCCUACAUUUUAUUUCCUCAGGGCUCAAAAUAAUCUGACAGACACUACAAUGGGAUUUGACCUGAUAGCUGAUUUUCAGGUGGUAGCCGUAGCAAUUUAAUCUUGAUCCUUUGAACAUCAUCUCUUUGCUGCCCAGUCCGUUAGUGACUAAGUAGGAAUUUUCACACCUGGUAUGAAUAGACAGAACCCAACUCAGUAGAAGGAGAAUUUAAUAAAGGUAGUGCUAAAAGAUUCCUUAGGUACUCUACAGCUAGGACUAGCCCUGGUAGCAGUGUUUUAAUAACGAAAAUCUUCCUACAAUGAAAAAUACUUUAAAAUUUAUUUCAUAAAGCUUACUUUUUAUCAGAACUCAUUUAUUCAACAAAUAUGUAUCAAGUGCCUACCAGAUGCCAGCCAGUACACAAGGCACUGAAUAUGAUAUGGUAUCCCCAAACAAGAGACAUAAUCCCUGUCCUUAGGUAGUGCUACAGUAAUCUGCAAUAUCUUAGUAAGAUAUUUGGAACAUGACCCAGAGAUAAGGCAGUGCACAUUUUAGUUUUGCAAAGGAGGGGUUUGGUCUAAGGUUUCUUCCCGUUCUAAAAUAAUUGUUUUGCAGUGAUUCCAAUGCAACUGUUUAGUCAAGCUACUUUAUAUAGAUCACUUUACUUCAUUGUUUUAAAUCACUAAACUGGAUUGUAUUUUUUUUAUUUGGCAUAACUAUGUGAUUCUAUUGAGACAAUUGUAGUACACAUUAAGUUGUAUGUCAGAUACUAAAUGUUAAAAUUCCCAAGUGUGUAAUACUCUAGGUUUUCUUCUUGUGUAAGUAAUUAAAAUAGACUUUCAAAAAAUUAAACAUUGACUUAUAAAAUAGUUUUGUUUAUCUAGGUAUGAAUAAACAGGUGCCUGAACUAAUUCACAGAAAAGGAAACUUCUCUGUAAAAACCAGUAAGAUUUCUGAAAUGCUGUACUAGACUACAGAUUUAUGGAACAUUGUCUAGGAAGGGUCAUAAGACUUACAUAGUACCUCCUCUUGAGGAAGGCAAAGAAAUAAAUGGCCAUACUUCAGGAACUGCAGUGCAUAACUGAUAGGAUAUUUAGAACUCUUGAAUUUUUUAUGUAGUUGGACAGUUUUUUUUUUAAGGUAGUGGUAAUUAUCCUUUAUUACAUGAAUUUUGAAUGGUUUAACAAAGGGUUUGUUUUUGUAGAGAUUUUAAAAAGGAGAAAGAAUCCUAGAAAUAACAUAAAUGGUAUCUAAUUAUUACAGCCUUAAAGAUAAAAAUUCUUGAUGAAUUUGGGAAAAAGUGCUAAACUAUAGUUUUAGGCAUGUUUGUCUUCCACAUAUAGUCUUCCAUGUUUGUGGAAGAAUAUAGCUUACACAUAUAGUAUAAUUUAAGUGAAUAUUCCCAGUUAGGAAUUUUAGGCUCUAUUUUAACUGAGUCACACUGCAUAGGAAUUUAGAACCUAACUUCUAUAGCUUAUCAAAACCUUUGCCACCAUUGCACAAUUUUGUCCUAACAUAUAUAUAUGUUUGUCCUAACAUACAUAUAAAGUUUAUAUAUAUAUAUAAACUUUGUGAGGCAUGUUAAGUUACAGUUUGCACAAGCUCAUCUCAUUUGUAUUCCAGUGAUUUUUUUCUUCUAACCAUAUUUUUCCAAACAAUAUAUAUACAUUUAGGGGUUUUGUAGGUAGUAAAAACUACCUGAGGUCAUUUCCAUUUGUCAAAAAGUAAUAAUUUCUUGAUAAUUAUGUAGUAAAGUUUUUUAAAACCCAGCAUUUACUUUAAAGCUGAAUUUAUAUUUAGCAAAUUCGGUGUUAAUAUUGGGUAGCAUGAAUUCUGCAUUGAGAAUUUGAAUAGCAUACAACUGUUAGCUGUAAAUUCUGUCAGCAAAUGAAAAUUAUUUCUUUCCAAAGAUAUAUUAAUGUUAGUUCUUGAAGAAUAAUCAUAAAUUAAGAUUUGUGUUCUAGUUUCAUAGUUUGAAAUGCCUGUUUGGGAAGAUGAUAGGCAAUUUAGAUGAAUUUAGGAAAAACAAAAUUAUUACCUGCAGAAAUGUCAAUUACAGAGGAUCCACCCUCCCCCACCCUAUAGAGCUAAAUGGAUUAAAUAAUGUUUUAUCCCAGAGUUUCCAAUUCCACUGUCUUGUGUUUUCAUGUUGAAAAUACUUUUGCAUUUUUCCUUUGAGUGCCAAUUUCUUACUAGUACUAUUUCUUAAUGUAACAUGUUUACCUGGAAUGUAUUUUAACUAUUUUUGUAUAGUGUAAACUGAAACAUGCACAUUUUGUACAUUGUGCUUUUUUUUUUUUGUGGGACAUAUGCAGUGUGAUCCAGUUGUUUUCCAUCAUUUGGUUGCGCUGACCUAGGAAUGUUGGUCAUAUCAAACAUUAAAUUUAAAAAUGACCACUCUUUUAAUUAAAAUUAACUUUUAAAUGUUUAUAGGAGUAUGUGCUGUGAAGUGAUCUGAAAUUUGUAAUAUUUUUGUCAUGAACUGUACUGCUCCUAAUUAUUGUAAUGUAAUAAAAAUA